GCCAUUCACCGGGCCAAAUGCCAACUGUUGCCGUAAUGAGUGAGGCUAGCGGUCCCCCACGUUACCCCCCUGUGCGGUUCCGUUCCUCAGUACAUCCCGCCCCAAGCCUUCCCCCAUUAGAUCCGAAGCAGAAAUCUUUGGUUGGAGUUAAAGUAGAGCCGCCAUCCGAAGAUGACUCUUCAAGAGGCCGCCGAAAAGGCAAAGGGAAGAGAAAAGAGUUGGAACAGAGAGCGGCCUGGGAACGGCAAAAGAACAGGCAAAGACUGCGAGAAAGGAAGCGUAAUGAUUCUCGAAGCCCAGGAAGUGCAGUUGUUAGCGAGAGGAGAGCCUGGGAUAGAGCUCAGCAUGACAUCGACGAUGCUCUCGGAGACGAUGAUGCGGAGCGAGUGAUCACUGGGAAGAAGCGAAAACCACGAAGGAAACGUCCCCCAAGCAGUUCAGUGGCUACGGAUGAAGAAGGAGUGCCGCAUCUGAAGAGUUACCGCAAACUGAAAAGUCCGAAAACAGCAUCCUCUACGAGUACACGGGAUCGUGGCAAGAAGCGCGGGAAUUCUGUGGACUCGGCCUCGAAUCCGUCAAGCGAAGAGGAAUCCGAGAUUGACAUGAAUGAAACACGUAGACGUAUGCACGCUAUGCUUGAUGACGCUUUCUCCCUAUUAGGACCACAGUCCGCGAAGAAACCUGAAAAAAUACCCGAGGGACAUCCUUCGCAUCCCGUCCCCCAUCCCACACAGGUAUAUUCCUCGACCCCAGCUCGUCCAGCUGUUAUUCCAAGAUACACCGGAGGGCAGCCUGCUUUGCCAGAGCCACCCCCAGCCCACGGUCGAGCCACAGAACCGACACCUGGACAGCGGAAGCGCGUUCAGCCAACAAUGCCUGGUUACCCAGUAGGUAUGCCUCAGACCCAUCUUAGCAUGCCGGGUUACCCAGGCCGACCUCCUGUACGACCGGUUGUGACACGUGAUCCAAUAGUAGUCUGGGACCCUGCAGAUAGACAACGAAUUUUGAACCAGCGGGCGCCGCCUCCGACGUAUGCGUACACAGACCCUAGUGGACAAAAUGUCUAUAUAACCCCAGUGCAACAGCAACGAAGUGAUAUGGGUGGUCUUGUAUGGAGUCCUUACGCCGCUGAAGACUCAAUGGAUGCACUUUAUCCUGAUUUGGCUCAAGCAAGUUAUCCAGGCGCGCUAGGUACCAGUCCUCCUAAGGACGCAAGUUUCCUAUCUCAUCUCCAGGGCAUGCCACCUCACGACACCGUACUCAACAUGUCAGCCAACGGUACUUUUAACCAGCGGGGAUCUACACUCGGACAAUCUCCACAACCUUUAAUUAAAUCAAUAAAAGACGAACUUUUUAGAUUGUCCCAAGGGGGCUCUAGAAAAACACCCAUUACAGAGCUUUAGCAUUGGUAUACGAUUUUUUACCCUAGGUAUUUUAAUAAUCACUGAAUAUUUUAUUUUUGAGGAGAAGCAGUGAUGAUAUUUGUCAAGCAGCUGUUUCAAAAAAUUUUACAAGAGAUCAGUUUAAAUCCGUUAAAUUGAGUUAACUCACUCAAGUUUACCUACGUUUUCUUUAUUACAUUUACAACAGAAAACAUGAUUGUAGAUAUAUUUAAUGGUGGAAUGUCAUUGAAUAGUAUUACUGAGAAAGCAAAUGGUGUAAAUAAUUCCAUUGGAUUGGGACUGGCUUCCCUUUUUGCCGAUGGCCACUUCUUGAGCACAAUAAAACUAUUUUUGUGGCGUUAGGCGCCGAAGGAAGUAAAUUUUCUUUGUUGCGACCAAAUUGAGAAAGAUUUGAAAGGAAGUACUUAUCAGAGCCAUUGUAAAUUGGGUGUAAAAAGUGAUCUUGGCUCGCAUUGAUCAUGCUUUGAUGCCGUCUGUGGUUGGUCCUGAAAACUUAUGCCACCCUUUCGACCGAUCGGAUGCAAAACUAAACCAAUCACCACUUUGCCACUUGCGUAUUCCCGCGCUUA